AUGGCUACUUCAUACACUCUCCUUUCCGAUUGGAGAGCUGGUCGCUGCACUAACACCGCGGAGGUUAGGUUGUGGGAGGCAAGAAAUAUCAACAAAGCAGUCAACCCUUGUGCAAGGAUCUGUUGGUGCGGUUCGACAGCUCAGAUUCAGAAAACAUCUCACAAGCCCAAAUACCUGCUAUCUGAUGCGCCCCUCUACAUAGGGUUCAAUGACGAUGGAACUUCUUUUGAGAAGCUAUCAACGACCGUUAGGACCAUACCUAUGGAACUGUUCCGAUUCCAACCAUACAACCAGAUACUUGAGCUAGCAAACACCGCCAGACAACUCCGUGAUGUAAUGGGGGAGCUUAGUGCAAUUAGAAGCACAAUGACCGACCGUAUACUGGGGGCACAAUGUGUAAUGAUCACUUUGCGCCUAGAAAGGGAUGUAAAUGUUUGUGUUAGUAUGUUCAACUCUCUGGCUGUUGCAUUACAAAACAUAUUUGAUAGCUACAGGAGAGAGCCAACAGUUAUUCUUGUUAUCAGCGUCAAUCCUAAGAAAGUUGGGGUUAACAUAGUAUUUGAUUUUGCUUUUCUUGCAUUGGAACAUAGGUGGUGGGACAGACCAGUCAGCGUCUUCAUCAAAGGUGGUUCACUCACAAAGAACUUGAGCCCCUUACCAUUUCUGAGCUUAACCAGUUUAUCAUCAUUGUUGACCCUCAGCGAUCCUGGAACCAUCAGUCCAACAAGACAGGGAGAGCAGUCAAAACUUAUUGAAUCUGGUACAAUGCAUUGUCUCUGUCAUCUUGCUGAUGCACAAUACGUCAAAGUUAGUCCUCUGAUCUUGAUUGUAGAAGGAAAAAACACAGAAGAUCAACUUAAGAUUGCAACUAAUAGCUUAGUAAGCUAUGCAACUGUGACAGUAUAA